GCUCCUCUCGUUGCAGCUCACAGGAACCCAGGCAGGCCGCAGUGAUUUGGUAGCCGCUGCAGUAGGAGGAAGGACCGCGGUUCUACCCCUUCUAUCUUUCAGUUUCGCCUCAACAUAUUUUUUUUUUCUCGGUGGCUCGCUUUGGUAACAGACGGUGACCCGUGCAUGCAGAGACGGCGUUUUAUGACUCCCUGAGCCGCAGCUGAAAAACCUCCAACGGACGAAGUGUUUCCAAUCGCCAUUUUAAUCGCACGUUUUCCCUGACAGAAGCGCUAGCACAACAAUGGCUCUGAAAAGAAUUCACAAGGAGUUGAAUGACUUGGCUCGGGACCCUCCAGCCCAGUGUUCUGCAGGACCAGUAGGAGAUGACAUGUUUCACUGGCAAGCCACAAUAAUGGGACCCAAUGACAGUCCUUACCAGAGCGGGGUUUUCUUCUUGACCAUACACUUCCCCACAGACUACCCCUUCAAACCGCCAAAGGUUGCAUUUACCACAAGAAUCUACCACCCAAAUAUCAACAGCAACGGCAGCAUUUGUCUUGACAUCCUGCGAUCACAGUGGUCUCCGGCUCUCACCAUCUCCAAAGUUCUCCUGUCGAUCUGCUCCCUGCUGUGCGACCCGAACCCGGACGACCCCUUAGUACCUGAGAUCGCCCGCAUCUACAAGACUGACAGGGAAAAGUACAACAAAAUAGCCCGGGAAUGGACACAAAAGUAUGCAAUGUAGUGCUGGGGUAGAAACAUGGCCAACCACCUCUACAACGCAAGACUAGGGGAGAUUCAGAUGUAAAGAGAAAACAAAUAACAAAACCAUUACAAACAAAUGAGAAGUUGAAAACAAGAUCUUGUUGGUUUCCAUUGGAGUGCUUUCUUUGAGCCAUGCCCCUCCUUCACCACAGUACCUGUAAAACUCCCUCUGCCCCGCCUCCCCCUCUCCCUCCCCCUCUGUUUGCCCCCCCCCCCCCCUCCCCUCCCGCCUCUCAGCUCAUCUGCCCCUCCCCCUGUGUACAGACUGUCAACUUGAAAAGAUAAAAUGUCUCCCUCCCCGACCAUUCUCGUCGCAUCCCCAUUUUUUUUAUUUUUUUAUUUUUUUUUGACCCCCGUCUCCUCACUUCCGUGUUCGGUUGCAUUUCGACAUCCAAGCAGGCUGGGCUGUCGCCAACCUACCGUAUAUAUCCUUUAUUCCUGCUUGCCUGCAUCCUUACCCAUCUUUCCUAAAAGCAUUCCUAUUAGCGACUGUAAAACUUCGAGGGGAACCUUUUUGUGGUGUUUUUUUUUUUUUUUCACCUUUUUUUGUUUUUAGGGGGAGGGAGGGGGAGGGAUUUUUACAGUUCACCUUUUCUUGUUUCGUUGAAGUAGUCUCCAUCUGCAAAGGCGAUGAUUCAAGAAAGCAAUUUUCACUCGUGAGUCAAAGGGCACUCUGUAUUUUUUAAACUAAAAGAAAUCCGCGUAAGUCAUUGCAGGCUGUGUAUAGUGGGGGGGAAAAAAUGCUCAUGGCCUAUUUUCUCCUCUGUCGGAUUCCUUGAAAGGACUUGAAUUUAUUCACACACCUCAUGCUCCUCAUUCUCCCCACCCCUUUGACCCUUCAGCCUAGUGAAACCCUUCAUACACACACGGGCACACACACACACACACACGUGCACGCACAGCUGUAACCCCAUCACCACCACCUUUUCUUUACUGUCAAAGCGGAGGUUGUGGACCAGCUAUUUAAGCAAUUCAUUUUCUUAGUUUAACCUGUGUUUUUAUUUUCUUUUUCUACUCAAUAUUUAGGUUGCUUCUUUUCCCUCCUUUAUUUUUAUUUUUGUCCCCCGCCACCCACCCCCUCUCCCCCCUACCUCCCCUUUACCUUUUGCUAUUGUCAAAUUAGCGGCUAACAUCUGAAAUGGCUAUGGGACUGGCUUGGGCUCUGGGUGCGAGGAGAACCCACUCUUCUUGCACAAAACCUCUGUAUAUUGAAUUACCUGAGAGGCUCGUUGAGCUUUGUGUGUUGAUUAAACUGUGUAAUAAAAACCUCUGACUCCUG